AUGAACAAAGAGACAGAAGAGAGCAAGAGAAUCAACAACGAGAUCGAUGUCCCUGAAGAAGACGAAGACAAGAAGAUGGAGAUGUUCUUCAAUCUCAUAAGAAACUACCAGGAGGCCAGGAAACGAAGACGACAAGAGUUAAUCGAAGAUUCCGGCGAAACUGCUCCGAAUCCGACCAAGAGAUCCGACAACGGAGAUAAAUCCGGCAUUGCUACUCCUGUCUUCCGUGCCGAGGAUUUCUCUCACUGUAUAGACUUAAACUUAGAGCCAUCAAACUCAAUUGUCUCCACCACUGAGAAGGAGAAACAAGAAGUAGAAGAAGAAACAGAGAAGGAGACGACAAGAGAAGAGAAUGUUUUAGAUCUUAAUCUUGCAUUGUAA